CAUCCACGCCACCAGUCUCAGUCAUGUCAGAGCAGUGUGAGGGGAAGGGUCUGUGGUGAACUGCGCUCGCUACCAUGUUACUCUGAAAUUACUUAGUGGCCAGGAUCUGUUAACUCGCAGCAGCCAUGGAGCGAAUCUUCGGGGCCAACGGGAGUCGGGCGGAGGACGGCGUGCCCGACAUGACUGUGUUGUCGGACAUUGACGAGUCGGCGAUCAACCACAACCUCCGCGUCCGAUACCUGCACGACCGUAUAUAUACCUACACCGGCAGCAUCCUGAUAGCAGUCAACCCGUACAAGGAGCUGGAGAUGUAUGGCCCCGAGGCCAUUAUGCGCUACCAAGGCAAGAAGCUGCUGGAGGAGGAGCCGCACGUGUUCGCCAUCUCGGAGUCGUCGUUCGUGGCGCUGCAGAGGCUGGACAAGAACCAGUCGUGCGUCAUCUCGGGCGAGUCGGGCGCCGGCAAGACGGAGACCACCAAGUUCAUCCUGCAGUACCUGUGCUCGGUGACAACGGGCGUGUCGACGUGGGUGGAGCAGCAGAUCAUUGAGGCCAACACGAUCCUGGAGGCGUUCGGUAACGCCAAGACGGUGCGGAAUGAUAACUCGAGUCGCUUCGGUAAGUUCAUGCAGGUGUGCUUCGACAACUCGUGGCACAUCAAGGGCUGCGUGAUGCAAGACUACCUCCUCGAGCAGUCCCGCAUCACCUUCCAGGGACCCGAGGAGAGGAACUACCACGUCUUCUACCAGCUCGUGGCCGCCGCGCAGAUGAACAAGGAGUUAGCGGACCAGUUCCACCUGCGCCCCGCCAACACCUACACUUACCUGAACCAGUCCGGCUGCAUUCUCAUCGACGGCAUAGAUGACGCGCGACGCUUUGACAGUCUGCGCCUCGCCUUCAAUGUGCUUCACGUGCCGCAGGAGAUCUGUGACGGCAUCUACGGCACCCUGGCGGCUAUCCUCUGGCUCGGUAAUCUGGAGUUUGCAGACAUUGACGGGGAAAACUGUGAGUUGACGACCAGCGACCAGGAGGUGCUGAAGACCCUGUCCACACUGCUGGGCCUUACCGGGGAGCAGCUCCUCAGUUGUCUACUGCAACGACAGAUCAACAUCCGCGGCAACAUAACACACAUCCCCUUGAAGCAUGCGGAGGCCAAGGAGAACAGACACGCCAUGGCCAAGACACUCUACUCCCGCACCUUUGCCUGGCUGGUGGACCACAUCAACAAGUGCACCAACCCUGGCCAGGACCAAACCAGGUUUUUGGGAGUUCUGGACAUUUUUGGCUUUGAGAACUUUGCUGUCAACUCCUUUGAGCAGCUGUGCAUCAACUACACCAAUGAAAAGCUGCACAAAUUCUUCAAUCAUUACGUCUUUGCUCUGGAACAGGAAAUAUAUCGGCAAGAGGAGAUUAAGUUUUCCCACAUCACCUUCACGGACAACACUGAGUGCCUUGAACUGCUGGAGAAGCCCCCGAGGUGUGUGCUGAAGCUGCUCUCCGAGGAGUGCCGCAUGCCCAAGGGUGCAGACAAGACUUACUUGACCAAGCUGCACCAGGAAUUUGAGAGUCACCCUAACUAUAUCAAAGGUGAUGACAGAAGACGGUGGGAGGUGGAGUUUGGUGUCAACCAUUACGCAGGCAAGGUGAUCUACACAGUGCGAGGCUUUGUGGACAAGAACCGAGACACCCAGCAGGACGUGUUCUUUGACCUGAUGAGCAAAUCAGAAAACAAGUUCAUUGCUGACUUAACACGGUUUCAGGACCUGCUUGGGUGCACCAUAGCCAGGAUGGGCACCAUUCAGAGCACCAUCUCUCGAGGAACCUCCAAAGGCAAACCAACAGUGUCAGACGCUUUCCGCAAUCAGCUGCAAGCGUUGGUGGAUGUCCUCCAAGCUACCAAUCCAUGGUAUGUGCGGUGCAUCAAGCCCAACAAGAACAAGGCGGCCAACUCCUACGAUGAGUCGAUGGUGCUGGACCAGCUGCGUUACCUCGGCAUGAAUGACAUCAUCAGGAUCCGCAAGGAGGGAUUCCCCAUUCACAUGACGUUCGGGGACUUCAUCGCGAGGUACUUCUGCCUCAACAGGAGGAAGAGAUACCCGGACCCCAAGCAGCAUGUGUGUGACAUCAUGAAGAGCCUGUCGCUGCCCCCGAAGGAGUGGCAGGUGGGCAAGAGCAAGGUGUUCAUCCGACAGAAGGUCUACGAGCCACUUGAGGACAAACGCCAGACCACCAUCAUCUCCGCGGCAAUAAAGAUCCAGGCACUCUAUCGCAUGCACAGGCACAGGAAGGAGUACCACAGGAUACGCGCUGCUUGUGUGACCAUACAGAACCGCUACCGUGGCUGGAAACUCCGCCUGCAGUUCAUCAGGAAGAGAAGAGCCAUCAUCAUCAUCCAGUCCAACGUGCGAGGAAUGUUUGCCCGAGAGGUUGCUAAUGCUCUGCGGGAGAUGAAGAGGAUAGAAGAGGAGCAGAGGAGGAGAGAACGCCUGGAGGAGGAGAGGAGGCAGAGGGAAGAGGAGGCACUCAGACUUGCCGAGGAUGAAGCCAAGAAGGACGAGCUGGAGGAAGCACAGAGCCAACAGUAUGACGGUCUGGCAGCAGUGGGUGAAGGGAAAGUGGAAGAGGAGAUGGCAACACUGUCCAAUAUGGCAGAGACAGUGAACAACCGUCUGGCGGCCUCGACAACCACCAACCCAGACGACGCCUCACAGGGCUCCGGGGAAGGCGUGGACCUCGACAACCUCUUCUCAUUCCUCUCCAACAUGGAAUCGGAAAGACACGUGUUGGAUGAGAUCACUCGGCAGAUGGAUGAGCUGGCAGUCAAUGUGGAUGAGGAGCUUGAGGCGCUGACCCGUGAAGGGGAGCAGAAGGAGAGCAGCUUGCCGCCUCCUCCUGGCCCAGAAAUCAUCGACCUUUCCCAGCUGCCUCCACCUGGGGAGCAGCCUUUGCCCCCUCCUCCCCCUGCUCUUCAGCUUGCUGGCGGGGAGAAUGCACUUGCUCAGACAACUCAGGAGAAUGGGGACGCUUUACCUCCUCCACCACCACCACAGAUCAAUGGGUUCCACGAGGAGGAAAAGCCCAAAGAGCCCAUCUACGAGACCAUCCCCGUGGGCUUGUCCGGGGCUCAGACUCGACGGGAACCCAACUAUGUGUCUGGCCCGCCUCCCGAUGGUCCCCCUCCAGCACCCCCAGAGGAAGGUGUAGAGCUGCGUCGCCAGAGGGAACCAGCGCCUCCUCCACGGGACACCUCAAUGGCAGACCGGCGGCGCAAAUCCUCAGGGCAGCGGCGCACCUCACGCUCCCCCUCGGCCCGCAGCCCAUGCACCACCCGGCCCAGCACAAAGAGCCCUGCUCCUCGGGCAAACAGCCGAAACAAUGGUGUGGUGGAGGAUCCCGAGCGUGUGGAGAGGCGGAAGCAGCGUGUGGAGCGCAAGCUGCAUGAACUGGAGGAGCUCGGCGAGAACAAGGAAAAUGAGAAUCAAAAUCACUUUGACAUGAUUGAGUUUGCCGAGAAGUUCUUCAACAAUCAUGAAAGAUCUCCUGAAGGUACAUUAAUGUCUACUCUCACCCGCAAGCGAUCCACCGCAGAAUUUUUACCAAAGUACGAGUUAAUUACAUAUUCCCGUUCCUCCAUCAUCCCCACCUCCCACGUUCAUCUCUAUGAUCCUGAGAACAUCAACCUGGCCUGCACUAUAUUCAGGGACCUGUGUAAGUACUGUCGAGGGGAGCUGAAGCCGGAGCAGGAAAUCACCACCAUUCAGACCAUCAUCAGCCAUGGACUGGAGAGGGAGGAGCUGAGGAACGAGAUCUUUGUACAGUGUAUACGACAAGUGACCAACAACCCGAACACAGAGUCCCUGGAGCGGCUGUGGCUCAUGCUGUGUCUCUGUGUGGUAGCCUUCCAACCCAGCAAACUCCUGCAUAAGUACUUUGUUAGUUUUCUACAAAAGAAUCUAAGUCUAGAGGGAAAACUGCGGCAGUAUGUUCAGUGGUGUCUAGAGAACUGCAAGAACACCAAGGUUUCCUGCAGACAGCUUGCUCCUUCCUCGGUGGAGAUAGCAGCCAUGAAGAAACUUGGAACUAUUGUAUGCAGAUUUUUCUUCCUGGACGGUCGCACAAAGGCCAUUGAUGUCCAUCCUCGGGACACUUCCGGGGAUGCCAUGCAGAAGCUGGCCGACCGCCUUGGCCUCUCCAGCCUGGAGGGUUGGGCCAUCUAUGAGUCAGGCGCUGAUGGGGACAAGCACGUCAAGAGUCACGAGUACCUCUAUGAUGUUAUAUCUUCCUGGGAGACAAAGCAGCAGAAGGUGGCUGGCUCAGGGACACACAGCUCCAGCACCAAGCGAGCGUCACAGACUGUCAGCGCCGGGGAGAACAGAUUUGUGUUCCGGAAGCGUUUGUUCCGCAAUCCACGCGAGAUCCCGAGUGAUCCGGUGCAAGUGAACCUCCUGUACGCCCAGGCCGUGUACAGCGUUGUGCGGGCGGAUGAAUUCCCCAUCAACGAGAAAGUGGCGCUGCAGCUGGCCGGCCUCCAGGCUCAGGUGGCUCUGGGUGAUCCACAGGACGGAAAGACAGAGUUCUAUGCCGAUGUGCAACUCUACCUCCCACAGCGCAUUGCCCAAAGCAAAAAGCAGGCAGAGUGGGUGCCGAUCCUUGCUCAAGCUCACCGGCAGUACGGGACGGGGAAGACUGACAUCGUGGCGAAGGUCUGGUACCUGACGUGUGUGAUGCAGUUCCCUCUCUACGGCACCACCAUGUUUCAAGUGUCUUACCGGGGCUACUGGUCCUACGGCAACACGCUCAUCCUGGGAGUCAACUGUGAUGGCAUUGCUAUGAUCAAACCCGACGACAAGUUUAUUUUAUACGAGUACAGAUAUUGUGACAUAGAAUCCAUCUUCCUUGAUCCCAGUGACAACUUCAUCACAAUCAACCUCCUGCGCACAUUACCAGAUGCUCACAAGUGUUUUGUUUUUGAGACAAAGGAGAAACAGGAGAUUGGGUUCCUCAUUGCCAGUUAUUCUCCCUUGCUGGCAUCCUGGAUCAAAGACAUGGAUUCAAACAAGAAGGUGAAGCAGAUUACAGGUGAGGACAGGGCGAGGCUUUACUACAACCUGGUGCACAGCCGUCGCCAGAUCAUUGAUGCCAACAUGCUCAAGAAGCCUCUGGAGCAGGGAGGAAACUUCAUCGUCAGCACAUUAAGAAGAUUAAACAAGCAAAAAAUAGAUAAGCUGCGGCAGGAUUAUGGGGAGAACUCGGAGACGUACAAGGGCUUCCAUCACAUGUUCUGGGCGUUCUCCAAGGCGCAGCUCACCCAGACCAUCACCAAGAUCCCAACGGCGGAGGUGGAGCAACAGGCUCUCCAGAUCUCCCUCGCCAUCUUGACUUACGCUGGCCUCAACCCUAAUGCUGAAACGGCAGCCACGAGUGACGACCAGCAGCUGACCAUGGUGCAGGGGAUUGUGGAGCAGUGCAUGAAGAGGGACAUUCUUCUCAAUGAAACCUACCUCCAGCUCAUCAAACAGACCACCGACCAUCCAGAUCCAAAUUCAAGAGUCAACCUUCGGCAUUGGUCCCUCCUGACGCUGUUUUGCUCAGUCAUUCCCCCGACGGACAAGUGUGUCAGGAAGUACCUUCGCGCCCACCUCCAGCGCUGCUCCACCGAUUAUGUGUCUGAGGAGGGAAAAUACGCCCGCUAUGCUGAAAAGUGUCUGCUGAAGGCACUCAACAACCGGCGGCGGCAGUGGACGCCCUCCAAGCAGGAGAUCCUGUGCACCAUCAACAGGCGACCCAUCUACGCGCGCUUCCACUUCAUGGACGGACAGUUCCACUCCCUCGAGUUUGAUGCUUCAGCGACGGCAGGCGACGUGGUGGAGCUCAUAAGACACAAGAUUGGCCUGAAGACUACGGCCAAAGGCUAUGCCAUUUAUGAGAUGUUGGGAACCACCGAGCGCUGCAUCCUGAUGGAGGAGGUGUUGGCUGACGUCAUGUCUCGGUGGGAGCGUUACCGCCAGUCCAGCGCAGCCUCACUACACCAGCACCACCACAUCUUCCUCUUCAAGAAACACUUGCUGCUGGAGUCUUGGGUGGACCUGAGUGACAAUGUGGAGAAGGAGUUGCUCUACUUCCAGGUCCUGUACACUCUCAGGGCAGACAAGUUCCCUGUCAAACAAGUGGAGGCUGUGAUGCUGUGUGCACUUAGAGCCCAAAUAGAACUAGGGAAUUUCAUCGGGGCAAACAUGGACUAUGGGGAGGUGAUCGCCCACACCCUCUCGCCGCGGCUGCUGUCCAGUGUGACGCACGAGGCUGUGGCCAUGCACCACCAGAGCCUCUUCAACAUGGACUCACAGGAGGCUAAACAGGCUUUCCUCAACCUCAUCAAAUCCUGGCCCCUGCAUCGCGCCACCAUCUUUGACGUCACUCAAUCCUUCACCUCAAACUGGCCCAAGGUUCUCUGGCUGGCCAUCGACGAAAGUGGCGUCCACCUCCUUGAACACCGCUCCCGCAACGUUCUCUGCACCUACGAGUACGACUACAUCCUCAACUACUCCGCCUCCAUCACCUCCCUCAUGAUCAUCACCGGCUCCACCCGCAAGCAAAGCAAGAUCAUCCUCAACACGACUCAGGCCUUCAUGAUUGCAACCUUGAUAAAGGAUUAUGCUGAAGUCUUGAGGGAGACGUUUGGGGGUAACGCAGUGUCCGGCGGGCCGCCUCCCUCAGGCCUAAUGGCUGCCCCAGUGCCACAAGAGGUAGGAAUUCCACCCCCACCCCCAGAACACCGCCGCUCCCGGCCCCCCAGCAUCAUGUCACGGCCGCCCCCCACACUCACGGAGGAGGUGGUCACCCAGUAGGCCGGCAUGUGGCUCGGGGCUCUAGAGGCAAAACAAUGUGAUCCGACGAAAAUUGUGCUGUGUUAUAUUUUGUAUUUUACUUUCUGAUUAGCUUUUAGGAAAGUUUUAAUGAAUUUUUAAUUCUUCAGGGAGGGAAGGCAAAUGCCAGGGUAAGCUCAUGCUACUGGAAGAUCAUUACAGUGAGACGAUGCAGUAUUUGUCAGGUUUUGCAUUUAUCUACCUUGCUAUGUAUAAUAGAGAUGUUCAGUAUAACCUGCACUGGACUAUAAUUACCUCCAGGAAUAUAAAUGAUAUUUAACCCUAGAUACAGAAAACAGAUAUUCUUUAGAUUUCCUACAUGAUAUGCUUAUUUUUCUGUGACUAAGUCUGCUUUUUGUUUCUGAACAUGUUACCCAAAAUCUAUACUAGGUGUUUGUUGAGAAGUUCACCACUAUAGGCUCCCCAUAGAAUAAGAGUCCGAGUGAGUCUCUUAAGUGUUUAGCGUGGUGACCUGCAGCGCCUUCCCUGCCGCCUCUGGGGGCUGGCAGCGCGCGGCUCCUCACUUCACUCACUCCCUUGCUCAAGAGCUUAACAUACAGGCUGGAGCUGCCCUUGCCCUCCCAAGGCUGAGGCUCCAUGUUGAAAGUGUUGUGCCAAGCAUUUGGCUCUUAAUUAUUUCAAUGUUAAGUAUUUUUUAAUCAGUAAGCAAGUGCUUUUAUGGAUGAAUGUAAACAGUGAUGACAGAAUCUCUUGAUUGCCUUGGUUAACAAAGAGUACAUGUUUACAGCACUCAGUAUUUUAUGUUGAAUUAAUUCAUUGCUUCUAGAGUUUUAUGUAAAGUUGUUCCUGGAUUGAUUUAUCUCAACACUGCCUUCAACCUCAGUUUUUUUUAUAAUAUGCCUGAUUUACACACACUAAGUUGUAUGUACUUUUUGAGUAACAGUUCUAUCUAAUUUACUACAUUCUUCUGGUGCUAACUAUUUGUUGACUGUUUUCAGUGUGUGGUGUAACGAUGGGUAUCUAAGUUUGGCGUGUGCAUGUCGUGAAGUUUCUGCAGGCAUUUAUAGCUAGACCUACAGUAGUCUGGAGUAGAGGAGCAUUUGUACUGAUAUUUAUAACUUGAUAAAGACUUAGUAUAAAUGAAACUAUAGACCAAUAUCAUCGCAGAGAGUCAGGAAAGUAAUUCCCUUCCCUCCACCAUGAAGUGGCUCACAACCUUGUAAGAGUGUGCUGCCCCAUGGUGAGAGAGGAAUCUGUUGCCAGCGGGAGCCUGUCACAAACUCCGCCUCCAAGAGUGUGUGAUGGUGGCAGGUGCUGAUCUAAUCAAUACUGGUAAAGUGAGGGCAAAAGACAGAUACAAUCACUAUCUUGUUCAUGCUAGUCGUUGCGUACUUCCUUUUCUCAGUUAAGGACAUUAUUAAUACUAGUUUAAGUGAUUAGGUUUGUCUUUGAGUUUACUUGUCUUUGUCCUCCUUCAGGAAUGAUUGAAAUGUACAAGUCGUUGAUGUAUGUGUGUGUGUGUGUCUGUAGGUUUGUGUGUGUGUGUGUGUGUGUGUGUGUGUGUGUGUGUGUGUGUGUGUACACACAUGAGACA